AGUCCUAUACACUUGGAAGACAGAGAGGCUUCUAGGCAGCUGUCUUUUUAAGACUGUGUUUCUUCUAUGAUCAUCUAGUAUGUACCAUUUUUUUACACAUUAGAUAAGAGAGAAUCUUUCUGGGUUUUGAAGGUUAAAAGAGAGAUAGUGCUCUUAUCCCAUUCCAAACUGAGUUUUUCUUUUUUUGAGAGAGAGAAAAAGAAAAAGAAAAAGAAAAAAGAAAAAAAGAAAAAGAAAAGAAAAGUAGAAGAUGUUGGAAGGAAAAGCUAUGAUAGAAGACACAGACAUGCCACUAAAGAUGCAAAUCCAAGCAAUGGCCUCUGCUUCUCAAGCUUUAGAUCACUAUGAUGUGGUUGACUGCAAAUCCAUAGCUGCACACAUCAAAAAGGAUUUUGACAAGAACUAUGGGAGUGGAUGGCAGUGCGUGGUGGGUAAAAAUUUUGGGUGUUACUUCACUCAUUCUGAAGGAUCCUUCAUCUACUUUAAAUUGGAGACUCUCAACUUCCUCAUCUUCAAAGGGAUUGCUUCCUCCUCCUCUCACUGAGGCUAAAGGCAGUGUAUCAACCAAGUUCAAGUGAAAGGCAGAAGAUGGAGGAAAAAGUGCACCACAUUUUUCUGAUGGUACUUCUUCCAAAAUUUGUGGUGUUGGUUGAAAUGGAAGAAGAAAAAGGAGCAAAAAUUAUAAGUACAGAAAUAAAUGGGUUAAAAUAGUAGAAACUAUCAAAAAUAAAUGUAUCCAUACGCCAUGGGCAUGACCAUGGCCAAAUGGGGAGAAGUUUGGAAGUUCUCUUUGUUGAGGGCCUUGUAGUUGUGGUGCCAUGUUGGGGUGUUUUGCUGUGUCCCAUUUCUGUGCAUAUCUUGGCUGUCCUGAUGUUUUUGCUCUUUAAAUUAUUUCACUUCCCUUAUCUUCAAAUCUGUCUUUGGUUGCUGAGAAGCCAAUGAAAAUGUAAAUAUAUGUGUUGUAAAAUAGGAUGGUAUUAAGGUUGAAAUCGAUCUUUGUGAUUUUCAUUA